AUGUCAGGCUCAGGUGCUCAACAACAAGGUGGAAACGUCGGAAACACCGGCACUAUUUCCGGCCCUAACAGCCCUGUCUUUGUUGGUCAAUCAGGUUCAAUUAACCUUACUUUCGGUGCGCCGCCAGAGAGGGCAGCAAAUGAGGAAACCCAAGGUCAACAUUGUAGUGACAGGGAGGAGAGGCAGAUGAACAGUGAUAAAAAAAGGAGGAAAAUACAAGAUAAGUAUGACAGCGACAGUGGCAGUUAUAAUACGACUAGUGCCAAUGCACAGUCCAGGGAGCAAUCCUAUUGGCUGAGACCUGAUUUGAGGGUACGUUUCAUUGACAGACAGUAUAAGAAUGGCAGGUACUUCAAUAGCAAAGUCUGUAUUGAGGAUGUUAAAGCACAGGGAAUCUGUACUUGCCGGACUGAAGAUGGCAGAAUUUUGGAAGAUAUUGACCAAAGCAUGCUAGAGACAUUAAUCCCAAAAGGAGACAUGGCAUGUGUCAUGAUCGUUGCUGGGAAACUACGUGGACAGUUGGGGUCUGUGGUGAAGAGAGACAAAUCCAAGGCCAACGCUGAUGUCCAACUUAGAGACCGCGACCAGAUUAAAACACUGGACUAUGAUGACAUAUGUGAAUAUGCUGGCAAUUAA